AAUUAAUUGCCAGAGGCGGAACUUUCCAAUGAUUGUUGUCUUCACAGGCUGACCCUUGUUGUGUUGCGUGCUGGUACGCCACCGAUAGUUCGUGCAGUUAGCGUUACCCACUACCUGGCGCUUCCCCACAUUCAGUCUCCGAUUUUCGCCUCUGAACUUUUUGGUCUAAAUCCGUCCCCUCAAUGUUCUGUUGUCACUAUCGGAAUACCUACAACACUACCACACCAGCAAUAUAUCCGCAUCCUCCGCAAUUGCAUUGUUGCGCUCCGCAUUCUCCCAUUGAGUUGAGCCAAAGGGCCAAGGAGAGACCCCAUCCUCUUUCUUUCUUUCUCCCUCUCUUCCGACUUCUUCCCUCCCAAUCUUCAACAUGCUUCGAUCAUACCCGGCGAGAAGUGCUGUACGCACAUUACGCCAGCAGUCAAGAUGCAAUACUCGUCCCUUCACAACAUCGCCCGCCCCAUCAGCAGCGGCAAUGGUCAAGAAAGGCUCAACAACAAUCAGAACGCAAGCAACCUCUGCGACGGCUGCCGCGCCCGCUCCGUAUGAUUUCUACCCAGAGUGACUCACGCUGGAAGCUAACAAAGACGGCAGAAAAUCAAGAGAAACCCCAAGUCCAGCAUUCAAUACAUCACCGCCCACCCGCGAGAACCCUUUACGCCAUGCACGACAACCGGAAAUGGAUGAGUCGUAAGUCUAUAUCACCGCCACUUGAACCAGAAGACUAAUGGCCAUGAUAGCUUUAUUGGAAAAACUGGAGGUGAAAUUUUUCACGAGAUGAUGCUUAGACAUGAUGUCAAGCAUAUCUGUAUGUAUAUAUGUGCUGAUACCAAUUAGCCUUGCUAAUGUUGGGAAUAGUUGGAUAUCCUGGUGGUGCAAUCCUUCCCGUCUUCGAUGCCAUCUACAACUCAAAGCAAUUCGAUUUUAUCUUACCCAAACACGAGCAAGGUGCAGGUCAUAUGGCAGAGGGAUAUGCGAGAGCGAGUGGGAAACCCGGAGUCAUCCUUGUAACCUCGGGGCCAGGUGCGACCAAUGUCAUUACCCCCAUGCAGAAUGCCCUUUCAGAUGGAACUCCUAUGAUUGUUUUCACCGGCCAGGUCGUAACAACCGCAAUUGGCAGUGAUGCUUUCCAGGAGGCAGAUGUCAUUGGAAUAUCCAGAGCUUGUACGAAGUGGAAUGUUAUGGUAAGAAAUGUUGCUGAGCUUCCAAAACGUAUCACGGAAGCAUUCGAGAUUGCUACCUCAGGACGUCCCGGUCCAGUAUUGGUCGAUUUACCCAAAGAUGUCACAGCCGCUAUUCUCAGAAAGGCGAUUCCCACGAGCAGCACCAUUCCAACUCUCCCAAGUCAAGCAUCCAAAGUUGCCUUGGAACACGGCAGAAAGCAACUUCAGGAGUCAAUUCGACGUGUUUCCAAAUUGGUCAAUAUUGCUAAAAAGCCAGUUAUAUAUGCAGGUGCAGGUAUCAUGGCCCUCCCUGAGGGUCCAAAGCUUCUGAAAGAAUUGUCUGAUAAGGCUUCUAUUCCCGUCACAACUACUCUUCAGGGACUUGGUGGCUUUGAUGAAUUAGAUCCAAAGGCCCUUCACAUGCUUGGUAUGCAUGGUUCAGCAUAUGCAAACCUUGCUAUGCAGGAAGCAGAUCUUAUUCUUGCCCUCGGUGCUCGAUUUGAUGAUCGUGUCACUGGUGCUAUCACUAAAUUUGCUCCACAAGCAAAAGCAGCCGCGGCUGAAGGAAGAGGUGGUAUUGUUCAUUUUGAAAUCAUGCCAAAGAACAUCAACAAGGUUGUCCAGGCUACGGAAGCUGUAGAAGGCGAUGUCGCAUCGAAUAUUGAACACCUUUUGCCUAUGGUUGAGGAUAGAAAUAUGUCUGACAGAAAGGAGUGGUUUGGUCAGAUCAAUUCGUGGAAAGAAAAGUUCCCUCUCUCGCACUACGAAAAGGCGGAGCGAGCAGGACUUAUCAAACCACAGACUCUCAUCGAAGAAUUGUCAGAUCUUACUGCUCACCGAAAAGAGGACACAAUCAUCUCCACCGGUGUGGGUCAACAUCAAAUGUGGACAGCCCAGCAUUUCCGUUGGCGCUCACCUAGAACUAUGAUCACCUCCGGUGGUCUCGGUACGAUGGGUUACGGUCUUCCCGCAGCUAUCGGUGCUAAGGUUGCUCGACCAGAUGCUCUUGUCAUCGACAUCGAUGGAGAUGCUUCCUUCAACAUGACCUUGACUGAGAUGUCAACGGCCAAGCAGUUUAAUAUCGGUGUCAAGAUUAUUGUUUUGAACAACGAGGAGCAAGGAAUGGUCACACAAUGGCAAAACAUCUUCUACGAGGAUCGAUAUGCCCACACUCACUCUGAAAAUCCAGAUUUCAUGAAGUUGGCAGAUGCUAUGGGUAUCCAAGCCAGACGGUGCUACAAGCCAGAAGAUACUAAGGACGCCUUGAAAUGGCUUAUUGAGAGUGACGGACCAGCAUUCUUGGAAGUUAUUACCGACAAGAAGGUGCCCGUUCUACCUAUGGUCCCUGCUGGAAAUGCUCUACAUGAGUUCUUGUUCUGGGAUGGAGGUAUGUAUCAUUUUGCACUUCAGCAUUACACUCUCGCUAACAAAAUUUACAGUCAAGGAUAAAGAACGCCGAAGAAUCAUGCAAGAGCGAACUGGUGGUAAGCAUGGUGUGUGAUGUAUUCAAACUUUUCUUUUCCAAAAAUUCACAUAUUUCUGCGGGGGGCGGUGGAAAUACCGACAGGGAUAUCCACCUUGUGAUGUUUCUACAAUCUUUCAUGGUGUUGGGAAAAGUGCUUAUUUCGGGGUUCGCAUACUUGCUGCUAUUUGCUUUCUGCUGAUGCAUGAGCUGCGGCUCAUUGGGAUCGCGUUUCUUUUCGGUUUCGGUUUUUCGUCUUUCGAGAAGCAUCAGGCAAUUUGUUCGCAAUAGGAUGGAUUGAUGGGUUGAAAAAGAUGAAUGACAUGUAAAUAUACAGCGGGUGGUUAAUGAUGAUAACUUUACGGAUUGAGAAGA